UUCCUCCUACGUUUAGUAACCAGUGUGCUGGUUAAAAAAACACACACACUCUCACUCACACUCUCACACACUCUCACUCAAAACUCCCCCACUCACACUCCCCCACUCACACUCCCCCACAGUGGAAGGAGGAGGGGCUUGGUCUAAUGGUGCGUCUGCUCCUAUUGGUGGACGCGGUUGGGGCCACCCCUGUCCCUUAUUAAAAACUACUUUUCCUUUCACCUGAGUUCAAAAGAGACACACGUCCUCUCUGGGUCCCAGACAGCUGUCCCUGCUUAAGUCUUUGUCCCUGAACACCCAAAAGGGGAAAGGAGAAGUCUUACUUUCUUUACAAAUCCAGAGGGAAACACUAAGGAGGAGCACGCUGUUACGAGCCGUCCUGAGACUGUAGCGUAGCCCACCUGAGGUCCAUCCCAGACAGACGAAGAAGAAACCGAGAAGAAACCAGCGCUCCACUGGGAUUUCCAGCGUGAACUUUUGAACCUUCAACCUUUGUGAAUCCCCCCACCCGUUGACCGAGGGACCAUUGUCGUUGUUGUUGUUGUUGUUGUUGUUGACGGCCACCAUGCCUGGGGGUCUGGACCGCAUGGAGCUGCAGAAGGUCUCCACGGAGGGGGAUGACGACGACAGCACCAACAGCCUGGAUGACACCUACCAGGAGAAGGCCAGCCAGUUCACCGCUGAGGUGGACGAUGACGACGACAGAGAGAGCCACAAGUUCCUGGCCAACGGGAUGAUGGACAAGAAGAAGAGAUACGAGGAGGAAUACCACCCCGGACACACCUCCUUUGGGAUGUCCGUCUUCAACCUGAGCAACGCCAUUAUGGGCAGCGGCAUCCUGGGCCUGUCCUUCGCCAUGGCCAACACCGGCAUCGUGCUGUUCAGUAUUCUCCUGUUGGGCGUGGCUAUUCUCUCCCUCUACUCAGUGCAUCUGCUGCUCAUGACCGCCAAAGAAGGAGGAUCCCUUAUUUAUGAAAAGCUGGGAGAGCGCGCCUUCGGAUGGCCGGGGAAGAUGGCCGCCUUCGUCUCCAUCACGAUGCAGAAUAUCGGAGCAAUGUCCAGUUACCUCUUCAUCGUGAAGUACGAGCUUCCGGAAGUGAUCCGGGCCUUCAUGGGCUUGGAGGAGAUCUCCGGCGCAUGGUACAUGAAUGGAAACGUCCUGGUCGUCAUAGUGACCAUCGCCAUCAUCCUACCACUGUCUCUCCUCAAGAACCUGGGUUACCUUGGUUACACCAGUGGCUUCUCUCUGUCCUGCAUGGUGUUCUUCGUGUGCGUGCUGAUCUACAAGAAGACCCAGCUGCCGUGCCCGCUGCCCUUCUUCUACGACACCCCCUCCAACCUCAGCUCCAACGCCUCCGGGCCCCUGGCCCUGCACAACGCCUCGGCCCCCGGCCUGGGCUUCUCCCCGGCCCGCGGGGCCCCCCUGCACGCCCCGCCCUCCCCGGAGGACGUGGAGGAGAUGUGCACGCCCAAGUACUUUGUGUUCAACUCCCAGACCGCGUACACCGUGCCCAUCCUGGCUUUUGCCUUCGUGUGUCACCCAGAGGUGCUGCCCAUCUACAGCGAGCUCAAAAACCGCAGCAGGAAGCAGAUGCAGAUGGUCUCCAACAUGUCCAUCGCCGCCAUGCUGGUCAUGUACUUCCUGUCCGCGCUGUUCGGGUACCUGACCUUCUACGAGAACGUAGAGGCGGAGCUGCUCCACACCUUCACCAGGGUGUACACCUCGGACACCCUACUGCUCCUCGUCCGAGUGGCCGUGCUCACCGCCGUCACGCUCACCGUGCCCAUCGUGCUCUUCCCCGUGAGUACCCCUGCCGACCAAUCAGGGCUCAGACCCGCCCCCUCCCUCUGGCUGAAGAGGAGAGGGAGGAGGAGAUCUGCGAUUGCAUCUGAAUUGGUUUGAGUGGACGGUGGAGUCGGGGGCUGAGGUUUGAUCCGGUUUGUUCUGGUUUUACGUCCGGAGGUCUCGCUGGUUGAUGUGUUGGACUCGCUGAUGGAGUAGGUGGAGAAAAUACUGUUUUGGGGUCUUUCUUUCUUUCAUUUUCUCUUUUUCUUUCUCUCUCUCUCUCUCUCUCUCUCUCUCUCUCUCUCUCUCUCUCUCUCUCUCUCUCUCUCUCUCUCUCUCUCUCUCUCUCUCUUUUUUUUCCUGGCUCUGUUGUAAAGCACACACUGUUCACUUGGUGUCGUCAUUUAUCAAACGCAAACAAAGAACAAAGAAGGCAAACACGGACGCAAACACCCAGGCUGUUGAUGAUGCUGAUGUCAAAGACAUACAAACGCGCACACACAUUGGCGCAAACACAAUCAGGCUUACACAAAGGCAUACACUGACACACACACACACAAACAUACUGUACAUAAAACAUGUAUGCGCACGCAUAAAAUAUGUAUGCACAGCUACAUCCAAACACACAUCCCUGUGUUGAAACAACUUCCUAUAGGGUCGUGAUCAAACACAUCAUCUCGUCAUCUCACUAGUUAGUCGUGGUUGAGUUGAUUU